CACCUGAGCGGGUGACGUCAGAACGAAUACUUCGUCUGCUCCGUUUGCCCGUCGGCAACGUCGCCAGCGCGGACGGCUGCUUUCUGUGCUUGCAAUCUUUUUGUUUCUCCCCCCGUUCCCAAAGUGUCCCAGUGUGUCUGAGACGCCGAGAACGUUGUCGGCGAUCCUGCCAUGUCUUCUGUCGUCCUCGACGCUCUUCGCCCCGCAACGCGCCGGUGGUGGCUGUCGGCGCGUCGCCUGCGCUGCGUGUGAAAAAAAAAGUGUGUGCUCGUCGUCAUGUAAUGCGCCGACCGACAACGGCCUACUGCCUUCCCGUUGCACCGGGGCUCAUGUGCGCGGUGGCACGCGUCAAGUACCGAGGAAUGUUCAUGUUCAACUUCGUCUGGAAGGCCCGUCGGAAAGACAAGGAUGCUGCCGCCACCAAUCAGGAGGAGCCCAAGAUGUACCUCGAGUCGACGGUGCUGGAGUGCACCAUCCCGGAGUCUCGGCUGCGAGACCUGGUGGAUCUGCCGGAGGGCCUCGACUACAACGAAUGGCUCGCGUCCCACACACUGGCGUUCUUCGACCACAUCAACCUCCUGUACGGCACGAUAUCGGAGUUCUGCACCAUGUCCGGCUGUCCAGACAUGACCGGCCCUGGAAACAGGCAGUACCUGUGGUUUGACGAAAAGGGCAAGAAGUGCAAGGUUGCCGCACCGCAGUACAUCGACUAUGUCAUGACCUUCACGCAGAAGACAGUCAACGACGAAUCUCUGUUCCCGACCAAAUUUGAGCGCGACUUCCCGAGUUCGUUCGAGUCGCUGGUGAAGAAGAUCCACGGGCUGCUGCUGCACGUACUGGCCCACCUGUACCACGCCCACUUCCGGGAGAUGGUGCUGCUGCAGCUGCACGGGCACCUGCACUCGCUCUUCGCCCACUUCACCCUCUUCAACGCCCGCUUCAACCUCGUCGACCCCAAGGACGCCCUCGUGCUCCAGGACCUGGCCGUGGCCCUGGGGCUCUGCCCGCCGACGGAGAACCCGCCCACGUCCUCCGCCGCUGCCGCGCCGCCCGGCGGCGACGAAGACGCCGCCGCGGUAGAUGCGUUGGCGAUCGACGGCCUGCAGGCGCCACUCUCGCCGCCGUUGGUGCAAAGGGCGCCGGCCGGCAUGGAGACUCCUAUGGCCGUCGGAAGCACGGUGUCUGCGCAGUAGCCGCCAAACAACCGCGCAUGCGUGGCGUGCGACAUGCCGCGGGGCGUCGUUGCUGUCGUUUGGGAGAGAGUACGAGCGAGCGUCGUUGGGCUGCGUAUCUGGCCACGGCCGGGAUAGAAUUGAAAGGCGUGCUGUCUUACUGCCUUCACCUUUAGGCCAAUGCUGGGGAGAAGGACACGAUAGAAUCUAAAAUGGCAAUAACCUGGUUUGCUAUUGUAACGAUGAUGCAAAGUAAACAAAGUAAUAGGAAACAAAAACCGAAGGUUGGUUAUGGCAGCACACGUACGCAGCUCCUUAAGCGUCUAUAAACGGCCGUUUAUUUAUUGUAAACCAAAAUUAUUUCGAUCGGCGCUUUACUGUUGUUUCGUACAACUAUGUGGGCACAUGCUUUCUAUCGCACUGGUCGGAACAAGUUGUUCAGGGUGGUUUGGGCUGCACUCGAAGUUGUGGCAUUGUCAUGCCCCCACACCAUAGAAAAACCACCAUUGCUUUUAAGCGAGAGCAAAGGCCGCAAGGCACGCCGCCGUCUACCCCGGCUGUGAUUCGGCGGGAUACUUUUUCCCUGAGGCAGUGGUGCGGAAGGAACAUUUCCUUCCAUCUAUCAUUUUCCACACAACUUUUCUUUUUAGCGAUAUAAUUACGUACGAAAACGUGUCGCAGUAUUUUUUAAUGUGAAAAAACGGACAAAUGUUUUGCACUCUAGCCGUGCGGCUUGUCGGCGUCAGGGCUUCGCCGAAAUUGCGAAGCCGGGACGCACGUGCUAACCCCGUCUGGACCGAGGUGCGCUCCGUUCCUCUUCCGGCGACAGCAACGGUGCCUCUGGCGUCGCUGCCCCGGGGGUUACGACAGGCGCCUCUCGAAACGUUGAGUCUUUCACAUCUUGCGUCUAGGCGGAGGGUGACUAGCUGCGGUUCCAUUUUUUCAAUUGCGCGACAGGGUUCGGGCUGCCAUGUUUGGCAUCGCCCCAUCACGUCCUUGCCCCCGCUUCGUUGGACGACGUUUCCAAAGUGCCGCCGUAAGACGCCGCACUACGGAGGAGUGUCGUCGAGUCCGUUUGGGACGAGUUGUUUCCGCAUUAAUCGGAGACGGGGGCACGACCGGAAAGACACGGCGGUCGCGUCGAGGAGAAGCGUCUCCGCACGGCAGACGUUGAUGCAAGGACGCCACACUUAAAGACGAAGUCCCACGCUGGCAUUCUCGACCGCCACCGUUGCUGUGGCGCGUUCCUUCUUGCGUUUGCAGCAUGAGAAGCGUAUUUAUUUUUUUGUUUUCUCGCCUCCGAAGAGGAGGGGGGUUCGAGGUGAUAGACUAUGAUAUAUAUGUACAUACUCUAUUUUUUAAAGAAAAAGUCGCAGAGUUUGAUAAGUCUUUCUGUCAGGGCAUUGAGGAUGCGUGGUGUUGGCGGGGGCGGAGUAGACCCCGCCCCAUUUCUUUCUUUUUCUUUUUUUUUUUUUGUUGCUUUUGUGAAAGUUGAGUGUUUGUACUUUGCGGAAGUACACGGGGCCGGCCGGCGCCUUGCCGACGUAGAGCGCGCGUCAGACUGUCUGGUGCGCUUUUGCCGACAUCAGACCUAGAUGUCACCCUCUUAGAUUCCCCCUUCUGGACAAGUAGCAUUUUGGCCUCAUACCAGCUAGAUGGCCUCCAGGAUGGGUGUGCUUCGUCUCAAAUAGAUUCUUUGUUGUCUUUUGUUUUUUGCGCAAUUUUUUGGAGUUAAUUGAUUGGCAAGCGCAAAAAGGGGCCACAACGUACUGUGGGUAUAUCGGUGGCAUGAGUGACACUGGUCCGAGCGUUUUCACCCUCGAGCGAUGACCUGGAGGCGAGCCUCCGUUGCCACCAGAUUGGUGAAAAAUGAAGUGUCCAACUCUGGCGCAAUGUUUGGUAGUUCACAAUUCUUUUUUUUUUGUUUUCCCGACCUAGUUGCGCAGGUCUCUUUGUCUGUUGAGUUUUAGGCCGCAUGGGUGUUUUCUUUUUAUGUGCAUUUGAGUUGUUUGUAAAUAUCCUCUUCUGCCCUCCCCCAUUUCUUAUUUAUUGAUAUUUUUUUUUUCACCGUUGAUGGUUUUUGUGCGGUUGUUGGUAGCACUGUCCUUACAUUUCCUCGAAGUUUUGUUGAACCGUGACGUCUCGCAUUUUGCGGGUAACUGCCUUUGUUGUUCAAUUGUCUUCCCCCUUUUUUUUUUUUUUGUUAUAGGUGUUUUACUUUUGCUCCUGAGCUUUUAAGCCCUAAAGUAAAAACAAAAACAAAAAAAAUCUUUUUUUUUCCUUUUGUUGCGUUACGAAGGUUGAGGGUUGCACUCCUAAAAUUUAGUUCCGCGAGUUCUAGGGGCUUACAGUAUUUGCCUGCUACUCCUAUCGAGACGCGACAUGACGAUGCGUGAGUUUGUAGAGACAGUAUAUAUGCCCACACCAGAAUUGUACAGAGAUGAGCGAAGUGCGUUCUGGGUGGUGGCUUUAUUUUUUUCUCCCUCUCCGAGAAUUACUGCAGCUUGUUGGUCAUCUCGAGAAGCAACAUUGUUGGUUAUUUUGUAAAGCGGCACUACGUAGAUGUAUAUAAAUAAUAUAUAUAUAUUAUAUAUAUAUUAGAGGCUGAAAGUGGGUCGAGCAUUCUGGAUGGCUCACCGGCACUUAUUUCUCGCAGCGUCGUACUCCGCAGUCUCCCUAGCGCAAAAGAUCCCCGCCUAAAUUUGAAAUUAGUCGACUGUUGUGGCCUCGGAGAGUUCGGUCCCUAGCGCGAGUACUACAUCUUGCAUAAAACCUUUAGCGUUAGCUUACCUUCCCCCAUCUUCAGGCUCGAAAAAAACUAGGAAAAAAAAAGUUAUAUGCGUACCAAUCUCGGAAAUAUUUUUUAGGCUUUUAGUGCGGACAUCCCUUUGACCAUCGUAAGGUAGCACUUGAGCGAGAUAGACGAAGAGCGCAAUUAAGUAGGGCGACAGACUUGAAAAUCGCUGGCGAUUGGCGUCGUAGAUCGUGGGGUUGCGGUUCGGCCCGCAUAGCAGUACGGCCUGCAUUGCGGUUCGGCCUGCAUUGCAGUACGGCCUGCAUUGCAGUACGGCCUGCAUUGCGGUUCGGCCUGCAUUGCAGUACGGCCUGCAUUGCAGUACGGCCUGCAUUGCAGUACGGCCCGCAUUGCAGUACGGCCCGCAUUGCGGUUCGGCCUGCAUUGCAGUACGGCCUGCAUUGCAGUACGGCCUGCAUUGCAGUACGGCCCGCAUUGCAGUACGGCCCGCAUGUCGUCAUCGUCCCGUGGAUGCCCACUUGCACCAUAGUGGUGGCAGACCCGGGGCAGAGUAACUGGGUUCCCCUGCUUGCUUGUCUCGUCAAAGUGCGAGCCAGUCCUGAAUGCUCUGUUAUGCCUGUUUCCUUGGGGGCCUUUGAUGUACUACCGCUCUCCCGACCUUGGCACGUCUCCUAGAGAGACGACCCGUAGACAAAUCGGUGUCGCGAGCACUCGCAGCUGCUGCUGCACCAUUCUCGCGAGAGGGACAUAUGCCUGUCCGUCGGUGCCUUUCGACUGUGUGUCUGGUGUGACAUCUUUGACUGUGACUGUAGUCGUGCAACCUCUGAGCACCAGCGGGUGGUCGUGGCUCGGUUUUGGGCCGAGACGCCUUCUAGUGCCAGUCUGGGUUUGUGCGUUAAGUUCUGCUCCGUUUCAUACUCCGUUCGACUACGAUUCGGCAAGCGGCAGCAACUAGGACCCCGACGAGCCAGUCGGAUCGUCGGAAUCCACUCCUCUCGUGGAGGGCCGUCGUACGCUUCGCUCCGUCGUUCCUAUCGGCUCGCUCGAAAGGGUCGUAGUGUUUGCUCUUUGCCGGGUUGUGCCGAAGCAAAGUGCAGAAAUCUGCCGUUUGUUUCUGCAUUUUUUUGUCUCUUAGGUGCUGGGUUUUGUGAAAUGUAUUGGCUCCUUAAACAGCCUCACCCAACCCUUUGUUUGGGUGGCAGAAAUAUUGUUGUUUCUCGAGUGGUGGCUUUGCGCUCGUAAAAAGUCCAGAACGGCACCCCACAAACGUUGCUCCAAUUUCACUCUCGAGCUUCUCUUCGGUCCUUCGUCGGCUUCUUCGAAGCACUUCCCGCAUGCAAAGCUACUUUGUGCUUGUAUGGUUCUACGAUUUUGUGCGUCCGGCAGUAUUUGAGUGUUGGGCCUUUGGACGGGCCAUCGGCGACCGUGAUAGCGUUGUUGUGUUUUAGAGCUGUGAUCCACAGAGCCAUUCCACGGGUUGCGCCUUGGGGAGCGUCAGGAGACACGGGCAGUGCUGGCUUUGGGUUCUGCUUGCUGGUGGUCAGAGGUUGGGCGACUACCGCUUCCCUCGUGCUGUGGCGGUGUUGGUUCGCUGCUGCUACCGCGGCUGGAGGCGUGAGAUAGAAAUGCUCUGGCUGGGUACGCGCUCUUCGCCUUUGAUAAUCGACACAACUGCACGCACAGUUGCGGCUUUGUAAAUAGAAGAAAUGAGUGGAAAAAGAAAAAAAAAUACUUCGAGGGAACUAGUCAAGUACAAUAAAGUUUAGUACAAUGGUU